AUGUCGAAGGCCAUUCUUUCUCUAAUCAAACCUCGUCACCGCCCCAAAGUUUCCUCCUUUUUGCCUCCCCGCAUUAGCAACCUCGUCUCUGACAUCAUCCGAAUCCUCAAAGCCCGUCAAUCACACGAAUGCCUCCAAUCUCGCUUUGCUCAAUCCGAGGUUAUUGUUUCCGACGUUGCCCAUUUCGUCAUUGAUCGAGUCCACGACCCGGAACUCGCUUUGAAGUUCUUCAAUUGGGCUUCCACCCGACCAUUCUCUUGCUCUCUCGAUGCGGUUGCUCAUUCUUCUCUUCUGAAGCUCUUAGCCAGGUUCAGGGUGUUCUCGGAGAUCGAGUCGGUGUUGGAGAGCAUGAAAGCUCAAAACUUGAUCCCUACCCGUCAAGCAUUCAGCGCUUUGAUUCUUGCAUAUGGAGAAUCUGGGUCGGUUGAUAGGGCUCUCCAGUUAUUCCAUACAGUGCGUGAAAUGCAUAAUUGUUUUCCAAGUGUUGCCGCUAGCAAUUCGUUGCUGAAUGGAUUAGUCAAAAGCGGUAAAGUCGAUGUUGCGCUUCAGCUGCAUGAUAAAAUGCUUCAAACAGAUGAUGGCACUGGUUCUGUUGUGGAUAACUAUAGCACCUCCAUUGUGGUGAAGGGCCUGUGCAACUCGGGGAAAAUUGAGGACGGUAGGAGAUUGAUUACGGAUAGAUGGGGAAAGGGUUGUGUGCCACAUGUGGUGUUUUAUAAUAUGAUUAUUAAUGGGUAUUGCAAGAAGGGUGAUCUGCAAUGCGCAACUAGAACUCUCAAGGAGUUGAAAAUGAAGGGGGUUUUGCCAACAGUAGAAACUUACGGGGCUUUAAUUAAUGGAUUUUGCAAGGCUGGGGAGUUUGAAGCAGUUGAUCAAUUUAUGACAGAAAUGGCUGCAAGGGGAUUGAAUAUGAACGUGAAAGUGUUUAAUAAUAUUAUUGAUGCAGAAUACAAGCAUGGUUUAGUAGCCAAAGCGGCUGAGACAAUGAGAAGGAUGGCUGACAUGGGUUGUGAGCCAGAUAUUAGAACAUACAAUGUUAUGAUUAACUUUUCAUGUAGGUGUGGAAGGACUAACGAAGCUGAUGAACUCAUAGAAAAGGCAAAAGAACGGGGAUUGCUACCUAAUAAGUUUACUUAUACACCCCUUAUGCAUGCUUAUUGCAAACAAGGGGAUUAUGUUAAGGCAUCAAGUAUGCUUUUUAGGAUUGCUGAACUGGGAGAAAAACCGGACUUGGUUUCUUAUGGAGCUUUUAUCCAUGGAGUUGUUGUUGCCGGAGAAAUUGAUGUUGCACUGAUGGUCAAAGAGAAAAUGAUGGAGAAGGGUGUAUUUCCUGAUGCUCAAAUUUACAAUGUGUUGAUGAGCGGUCUCUGCAAGAAAGGGAGGUUUUCUGCCAUGAAACUACUACUUUCAGAAAUGUUUGAUCGAAAUAUUCAACCCGAUGCAUAUGUUUAUUGCACCUCGAUAGACGGGUUGAUUAGAAGUGGUGAACUUGACGAGGCGAUUAAGCUUUUUGAAGUCAUAAUUGGAUAUGGUAUGGACCCUGGCAUUGUGGGGUAUAAUGCCAUGAUCAAAGGCUUCUGUAAAUUCGGAAAGAUGACAGAUGCUCUGUCAUGCUUAAAUAAGAUGAAAAAUGUGCCUCAUGCUCCAGAUGAAUACACGUAUUCCACAAUUAUAGAUGGAUAUGUAAAACAGCAUGACCUGAGUAGUGCACUCAAGAUGUUUGGACAAAUGAUGAAACAUAAAUUCAAGCCAAAUGUGAUCACCUACACCUCUUUAAUCCAUGGAUUCUGCAAGAAAGCAGAUGUGAUCAGAGCUGAAAAAGUUUUCCGAGGGAUGAAAUCUUUCAAUUUGGAGCCUAAUGUUGUCACAUACACUACACUAGUUGGUGGUUUCUUUAAGGCUGGUAGACCUGAGAAAGCAACAUCCAUUUUUGAGCUCAUGCUGAUGAACAGAUGUCUUCCAAAUGAUGCCACAUUCCAUUAUUUGAUAAAUGGUUUAACAAAUACUACACCUACUCCAGUACUUAUUGAAAAGAAUGAUUCUAAGGAAAACGAGAGGUCCUUGAUUUUGGAUUUCUUCAUAAUGAUGAUUUCGGAUGGAUGGGGGCAAGUAAUUGCUGCUUAUAAUUCUAUUAUUGUUUGUCUUUGUAAGCACGGAAUGGUUGACACUGCCCAAUUAUUGCAAACUAAGAUGCUGAAUAAGGGAUUUCUUAUAGAUUCUGUAUGUUUCACUGCUCUGCUACAUGGCUUAUGCCGAGAAGGCAAAUCAAAAGAAUGGAGAAAUAUUAUAUCCUAUGAUCUAAAUAAGAUUGAACUUCAAACUGCUGUUAAAUAUUCCCUGGCAUUAGACAAAUACUUAUAUCAGGGAAGGCUCUCAGAGGCUUCAGUUAUUUUACAGACCUUGAUUGAAGACUCCAAGUUUUCUGAACAACCUGAUAAAGAUCUAGAGGUUAUUACAAGAUAA